CCUACAUGUUGACUGCUCUGCAUACGAGACCCAGCAAGAGCAGAGAACAGAACCCCCCCACACCCUCCUCCACCCCCUCCGCCAGACCACUCAUGCUGACAGACCCGAAAAGAGCCUCCUCACCUCUGCGGACUGUGCCGGGAUGGACCUGCUAGACAGCGGCUACCUGGACGCGCGCUCGCCCUACGACAACACUUUUAAUUUCUGGAACGACUACCUCGGGCUGUCGACACUGGUCGCCAAGACCAAGAUCCACAGCCCGUCCUGCGGGCCCAACUCCAUCACAGAGUCCCUGAAAGCGACGCUGGGCUUGGAGGACGACUCGCCGGUGUGCUCCUGCGUAAUCGGGCACGGCCGCGAAAGCGACGCGCACCUGGAGUGCUGCUGCUGCUGCGGCGGCGGCGCGGCCCCGGGCUCCCCGCCGAUCUCCAUCUACGACCUGAAGGAGCGCAUCGCGCUGCUGAGGCCCUACGAGCACCUGGCCGGCGACGCGCAGCCGGGAGACAGAGACUCGCCCCCUUACCGGGGCGGCUUCGCCGGCCUCGACCUGCUCUCCGCGGACCGCAGGCGCAAACUGACCCAGAGGGGCAAGCCGGAGCCCAAGGUGUGCGUCUUCUGUCGGAAUAACGGCGCACCGGAGGAGGUUUACGGCACCCACAUCCUGAAGACGGCGGACGGCAGGGUGCUGUGCCCCAUCCUGCGCGCGUACACCUGCCCGCUGUGCAGCGCCAACGGCGACCACGCGCACACCAUCAAGUACUGCCCGCUGUCCAGAGAGCAGCCGAGCCAGAGGCCGGCGAAGGGCGGCCGCCCGACGGGCAAACGGAUGAAAGUCUUCUGAGGCAGGAAGUUGGGAGUAGCUGUAAAUGAAUAGUGUGUAUGCCGCCCCCCCCCCCUCCCUCCCUGUCCAUUUCAUGCACUAGAAAAGUCUGGUGUAAAAGAUGUUCCUCUGUUUUCUUUGCGCGUUACUGCUUCAUUUGUAAUGUUUUUCUCUCUUUGGGCACGUCGUUUACACUUGGAAGCAUUACGCCCCCCCCCCCCCCCUCUCCAGCACUCUUAAAGACUUGGUGAUCAAAAUGAACCAAAGUACUGUACCCAUCGACCAGUGAAUGACCACCUCCAUGCUGUGAUCAGAAGCACAGUGCGCGUGCAUGUCCGCGCGCUGCUGUGGGUUUAUUAUGAUGAGAUGCCAACAUGAAUAUGCAGCACUCCUCAUAUGAGAUAUGAAUGUCAAGUCCCCUUUGUCGGCCCUUCUAGAUUUUCUUCUUUAUAAUCGAGCACAGUUUUUUCUUCCUGCAGAUAAAUGUUUUCUACCAAAGGAACACACUUUUGUAUUGAAACCUGAAGGGUCAUUUCUGUAUGUUGUUUAUAUGUUGGAUCACGUUCAUGAUCGGAUUUCAUGUGAAUAGUUUUUUGCAGAUUAUACCUGAAUGUAAAAGGAAGAUCUCUCUUCAAGUAGCUCCAAGCUCUUUUAUUUCAGUUCGCUGUUCAAAAACAAAGAUGCUGAAUAGAUUUUUUUUUUCAAGUGAAAUUGUAUUUCUGCGACUCUUGUAAAUGUAAUUAAGGGGUGAAACAUUUUAGCAAUGCAAAUCCUGACAUUCCAAAGUCUUUAUCAGUCAAUAGAAAUGUUUUAUGUACUUAUUUUUACUUUAUGUAUAUUCACUGUAAAUGACUCUGAAUUAAAUGUGUAAUUUGCAUUUUUUCCUGAC